AUGUUGUUCCCUCGCCGUCUUCCUCACGUUCUCAGUGUCGCCUUGGCAGCUUUACCUUCCAUAAAAGCUACAUCAAUACCACUAAACUCGACCUCACAUGACGAUGGAAAGAAUGGAGCCGUUGCUAGUGAAAGUUCUAUUUGCACAGAUAUUGGUAUUGAUAUUUUGAAAAUCGUUGCCGUACAACUCUGUGUCGGAGUAGUUGGAAUGUAUCAUUCCGGUAUUGGAGGUGGUGGUUUUGCAACUGUACGAUCAGCCAAUGGAAGUUACGAGUUUAUUGAUUUCCGUGAAAUGGCUCCCGCCGCCGCUUUCGAAACAAUGUAUUCCCCUCCUCUCUCCAACUCUGACGCCUCCCUCUAUGGUGGUUUGGCAAGUGGUGUACCAGGAGAACUCCGUGGUCUCGAGCACAUCCACACAAAAUACGGAGUAUUGCCAUGGAAACAAGUCGUACUACCUGCAGUUAAGUUCUUACGAUUUUUGACGUAUGACGAAACUUGGGCAAUUGACUUUGCACCAAAUGGGACCAGAGUCAAGUUGGGUGACUUAUUCACAAGAAAAAGAUAUGCGAAUACACUUGAAACCAUUGCCGAACAUGGUCCAGAUGCAUUCUACACAGGCGCCAUUGCAAAUGCUACAAUCGUUGCACUCCAGAAAUCCAACGGAACGAUGGAACUUUCGGAUUUGAAAAAUUACACUAUCGAAUCUAGAAUCCCUUCGAAUAUUACCUAUCGAGGUUUUAAAAUUCAUAGCGGAACUGCUCCAUCCAGCGGUGCUGUAGUUUGCAGUGUUUUGAACAUUGUUGAGGGUUAUGAUAUGUCAAGUCCAAGUCAGCUGAACUUCUCGACUCAUUACCUAGAUGAGGCAAUGCGAUUUGCUUAUGGUCAAAGAACCUUGUUGGGAGAUCCAACUUUCCUCCCAAACUUGACAAGUUAUCAGCAGGAGAUGUUAUCAGAAGAUACAGCUGUUGAAAUCCGAUCGCAAAUCGAGAAAUAUCAUACUUUGAAUGUAUCCGCUUACAACCCUCAAAAUUAUGGUAUUCUUUCUGAUGAUGGAACAUCUGCUUCCGUUGCUGCUGAUAAGAGCGGUCUCACAAUUGCCAUGACAUCUACCAUUAACACAUUAUUUGGAAGUAGACUCAUGGUUCCAGAAACAGGUGUCAUUAUGAACAAUGAAAUGAAUGAUUUCUCUAUCCCAAAUACCACCAACGCUUUCGGUUAUGCUCCCGCCCCAGCCAACUUCAUUCAACCCUUCAAGCGACCCCUCUCCUCCAUCUCCCCAACCAUCGUUGAAUACCCCAAUGGCACUGUCUACAUUGCCCAUGCCUCUGCAGGCGGCUCCCGUAUUAUCACAGAAGUAAUCCAACAUCUCUGGCACGUCCUUGACCAAAACAUGACUUCUGCCGAAAGUCUCCGUCAACCAAGAUUACAUGAUCAAUUAUCUCCUAACAACGUCUACUUUGAGUAUGGAUCCGAAACUUUCGGUAUCGAAGGAUACAGUAAUGAAACCACGGCAUUCUUUGAGGAAAUCGGAGCAACAAUUUCGUUUGUAGCAGUGGGAAGUACGACUGCGCAGGCAUUGAGGAGAUUAGGAAACGGAACUUUUGAGGCAGCAGGUGAACCCAGACAACUUAAUAGUGCGGGCUACACGAUUUAGAUCUUAGGGGUGGCAAUAAGGA